UAAGAUUGUACAGAAGCUAUAAGCUUCCAUGACUAGGCCUAGAUUAUCAGAAGGAGGAAGUAAGCCUUCCAGGUAUUUUUACAUUCCUAUGUGAUAGUCACUGUCUACAAAAAUAGAGCAAGUACUGUAUGUAUCACAAUCUUGCUGUCCCUAUCUUUACGAAUUUGCUUUUCUUUGUUCACUAUAGCUUCCCUUCUUUGCAUUUUCAUUUAAGCAAUAUUGAAUUAAGUUUUUAUAUGAGGGUAGAUUCUCAUAUAAUAUAUCCUGACCACUGUUUCCCCAACCUGCACUCCCAACUACCCCUCACUUCUAUCCUUUCCCCAAGGUCCACCCCCCCACCCAUUUCCUCUUCAAAAAGGAGCAGACCUAACAGACAAAACAAGAUAGAAAAAGACAAGGUGAAAGCCUUCAUAUUGGACAAGGCAACCUGAUAGGAAAAAUCUCAAGAUCAAGCCAAAGAAUCAGAGUUACACCUGCUUCCACUCUUAGGAGUUCCUCAAAGACACCAAGCUAACAGCCAUAACAUAUCAGCAGAGGACCUGGCAUAGACCCAUGCUUGCCAUUUAAGUUUCUGUAAGAUUCCUAGAAAUCCAGUCAGUGUUAGUCAUGGGUUCCCUCUCAUGUCAAGGGCCUCAAGUUAAACCAAACAUUGGUUGGCGACUCAAACAAAUUUGUUACCAUCAUGCCCCAGCACAUCUUAGGAAGGACCCAUUGUAGGUGUGUGUGGGUGUUGGGGGCAGAGGGGGGUUUCCAGGUUUCUCUUUCUUCUUUUUAGCCUGUAGAGUACCUUCUCUCCUCAAAGAGACUAGAACACAGGGGUGAAGGCUCCAAGCCUGUACUCGCUUGACCUCUGCAUUCAGUGAACUGUGUGGAAUUUGUCCUUAAUGAUCAGUCCCUGCUGUCAGUUAUCUGAGAGCAAAGUUUGUCCUAGCAUCAGCAUGGAUUGUUGAAGGAUCUCAAGGGACCUCCUUGGCCAACAGCUCAACCAAAUGUAAUUUAUUAGCAACAUUGAAGCCCUGCCUAGUGUCAAAGGAUUGUCAGUUCAGACUCCAUAUCCUCCAUUACUAGGAGUUUUCAUUAGGGUCACCCUGGUCAUCCAGGAAGUUGUCAUUGUACUGGAUUUCUAUACUAACUCCCAAAUAACCCCUAAUUCCAGCUGUUUCUUCCUGCAUUGUACUUUCCCCUGCAUCCCCCUCAACUGAUCCUCCCUACUCCUGUUCCCAUCAAACUCUGGUCUACUCACAGAAAUUAUUCUAUUUCCCCUGUAGAAAGAGAUCUGUGCUUCCUCCCUAGAGCCCACCUCUUUAACUAGCCUCUCUGGGUUUGAUUACUAUUUACCUAAUAGGUAAUAUCCACUUGUAAGUAAAUGCAUGCCAUGUUUGUCAUUCUGGGUGUGAUUUCUUUAGUUGCAUUUACUUGCCUGUAAAUUCAUGAUGUCAUCUUUUUAAACAGCUGAGUGAUAAAUGUACCACAUUUUUUGUUUACCCCAUAAGGCUCAAAGUGAGUCUUAACUACCAGGAGAUCCCCCAAGUGAGGCAUGAGAAUGGAGUUUAAUGCAAAGGAUGCAUUGACCUAUGAUGAUGUACAUGUGAACUUCACUCAAGAAGAAUGGGCUUUGCUGGAUCCUUCACAGAAGAGUCUCUACAAAGAUGUGAUGCAGGAGACCUACAGGAACCUCACUGCUAUAGGUUACAAUUGGGAAGACCAUAGUAUUGAAGAACAUUGUCAAAGUUUCAGAAGACAUGGAAGCUAUAUCCUGUGUCACAAUGGAUACAAGCCAUGUGAGCACAAGGAUAUUGAAAGAAGCAAUGCCCCCCACCCCCAGAACAAUUAAGAUAUAUGUAGUAGUCCACAUUUGAGCAGACUUUCUCAGUGUGAUACAAGUUUAUAAUUAGUUGGUUUCCCAACUUCAUUGGGAAUAUAUCCAUAAAGUCACAUAGCAGAAAAUCCCUAUGAAUACUAGGAUUGUGGAAAUCCCUUUCUGUUUGUCCUGGUUCACUUGGCCGAUGUGGUAUGCAAAUGUAGUGUAUUUGACAAUAAAGGAAAGCAUAUGAAUGUACUCAAUGUGGUAAAGCUCUGAGCUCUUCCAUUUCUCUUCAAAUAUAUGAGAAAUCUCAUAGAGAUAAAGGAUGGUACAAAUGUGAGCCA